UCGUUACAAUACGAACUCUCUUCGCAGUCGGCUUUUUAGCUGAGAAGUGCCAUACUACCCCAGCGCAGAGCGUAUCUUUCAGUUCGUGUAUCUUUCAGUCCGUAUCUGACUUUCGUCGUGAGUGCAACAUCGUUUGUGUACCGGCAACAAGAGCCACCACCACUACCACCAAUAACAAUAACAACAACAACAACAAGAAUAAAGACAAUAACAAGAACAGCAACAACAAGUGACGUGAGACAAGAGCGGUGACAACAAAAAAAAAAAAAAAUCAGUUGCAACAGCAUGUGUUGCAUGCAGUGAACAUCAAAACAAUAAAUAUUCUAUUAAUAUAGUUGAUGCCACAAAAUCAAAGUAAAAAAAAGUGAAGAAAACUAAGCUGCAGUCGGAAAGUGAAACAAAAAUUACGAAAAAGCAGACCAAGUCUUUUGAACUGUUCCCAGGAAAAGUUCUGACAACAAGGCCUUCGAAAAUGUGUUAGGAAUCCCCGGGUGAAUCCUGCACUUGAUAUACAAAGACGAUAAAACCCAUCCCAGCACCAUGGACAUGACCAAACAGAUUGUGGACUUUGAGCUAAAGUCGGAGACCGAGAUGACGGGAGUGGAACAGUACGAGCCGAGUGACUACACAAUGCCGGGCCUGCUAGAGCCCAAGGAGGUGGUGGAGCCCGUCCUGGGAGAGCCGGAGGACAGUGAUGUCAAGUCGCCGCAAGAGAGCGGAAUGGAAGCUAGUCUGGAAGAGUCCAAAGAAAACGCUUCGCACACAGACACAGAUCUUGCAGAGAAACCAGCCACAGAAACAGACUCAGAUUCAAUGGCGAAAGCCAAAGCCAGUCUGCUGAACGAUCAGCCCCUGACGCCUCCACCACGCCCACUGACCUCCAGCGAGGUGGUGGGUCUGCGGGAUCCCGAUGAUCCCGAGCUGCGACUGCGCCUGGAGGCCAAGAAGUCCCGAUCUCUGCCCGUCUCCCCGCAGCCCCAGCAAAAUCUCAAGAUUGCCGCCUCGGCUCUUUUCGAAUUCGGCCGAGGAUCAGUCCCGGUGGAGAGCAAAAUCAAAACCAAUCCGGAAGUGAAGCCGCCCAGGCGAAGAGUAGCCCCACCAUCCGGAAGCGGUGGGGACAACCAGCAGUUCUGUCUGCGCUGGAACAACUACCAGUCCAAUCUGACCAACGUCUUUGACGAACUUCUGCAGAGCGAGUCCUUCGUGGACGUGACUCUCGCCUGCGAAGGACACUCGAUCAAGGCACACAAGAUGGUGCUGUCCGCCUGCUCCCCGUAUUUCCAGGCCCUGUUCUACGACAAUCCCUGCCAGCACCCGAUCAUCAUCAUGCGGGACGUCAACUGGUCGGAUCUGAAGGCUCUGGUGGAGUUCAUGUACAAGGGUGAGAUUAAUGUGUGCCAGGAUCAGAUCAAUCCCCUGCUGAAAGUGGCCGAGACGCUGAAGAUCCGCGGCCUGGCGGAGGUCAGUGCAGGCAGGGGAGACGGCGGAGCCUCCGCCCAUCCCAUGUCGGUCUACGACGAUGAGGACGACGAGGAGGAGUUGGCGGCGGCAGCUGCCAUUCUCCGACAGCACGACGACGCUGAUCCGGAGGACGAGCUGAAGGCCAAAAGACCUCGAUUGCUGGCGGAUGGAGCCCUUGACUUGAAUCAGCGCCAGCGGAAACGUUCCCGCGACGGCAGCUACGCCACUCCCAGCCCCUCGCUACAGGGCGGAGAUUCCGAGACCUCGGAACGGGCCACUCCAGGAAACCAGAGCCAGACUCAGCCCUUGGCCAUGACCACUUCCACGAUAGUCCGCAAUCCCUUCGCCUCGCCCAACCCCCAGAGCCUGCAGAGCGCCUCGUCCAACGAACGGGGAACCUCUCGGAGCUCCCCGCCGCCGCCCUCGGCUCACAGCAAUGGAAGCGGCAGCAGUGGAGCUGCACUGCACUCCCCACCCGGCGCCAGUGCCGCCCAGACUGCUCUGCCCCCGCACAUGGCCGCCGCAGUGGCCGCUGCCGCCCAUCAUGCCGCCGUCGUACCACCGGCUCCACCCGCCUCGAUGCACCACCACGCCGCCGCCGCUGCCGCCCAGCAACUGGCCGCCCAACACCAGCUGGCCCACUCCCACGCCAUGGCCAGUGCCCUGGCAGCAGCCGCCGCUGGAUCAGGGGCUGCCGCAGCCGGAUCAGGAGCAGGAGCCGCUGCCCCCUCAGCGGGAGCAGGAGCCGGAGGCAGUGCAUCCGCCUCCUCAGUGGGUUCCCAUCACGACGACAUGGAAAUCAAGCCAGAAAUUGCCGAAAUGAUACGCGAGGAAGAGAGGGCCAAGAUGAUCGAGAGCGGAGGACAUGGUGGCUGGAUGGGCGCUGCAGCUGCAGCCACUGGGGCAGCCUCCGUGGCGGCAGACAGUUACCAGUACCAGUUGCAGUCCAUGUGGCAAAAGUGCUGGAACACCAAUCAGCAAAACCUGGUUCAGCAGCUGCGAUUCCGCGAGCGAGGACCCCUGAAGUCCUGGCGACCCGAGGCCAUGGCCGAGGCCAUCUUCAGUGUCCUCAAGGAGGGUCUAUCGCUGUCGCAAGCUGCCCGCAAAUACGACAUACCGUAUCCCACUUUCGUCCUUUAUGCCAACCGAGUGCACAACAUGCUGGGACCCUCCCUGGAUGGCGGGGCUGAUCCUCGGCCCAAGGCCAGGGGUCGUCCCCAGAGAAUUCUCCUUGGCAUGUGGCCGGAGGAGCUCAUCCGCAGUGUCAUCAAGGCGGUGGUCUUCCGGGACUACCGUGAGAUCAAGGAGGACAUGGGAGCCCAUCAAUACGCCAAUGGACAGGCUCAUGGUUCCCACUUUGGACCAGGAUCUGCUUCGAAUGGCUAUCACAGUGCCGCUGCUGCCAAAAUGGCUGCCCAGAAUGCCGCACUGGCUCCACCGGACGCUGGUAGUCCGCUGAGCUCGAUGACGGAGACGCUGCGCCGGCAGAUCCUCUCACAGCAACAACAGCAGCAGCACCACCAGCAGCAGCAGUCGCACCACCAACAACAGCCGUCGCACCACCAACAGCAGUCGCCCCACGGCCAGUCCAUGAACAUGUACAAGUCGCCGGCCUAUCUGCAGAGAUCCGAGAUCGAAGACCAGGUUUCCGCUGCAGCGGCAGUUGCUGCAGCGGCGGCCAAGCAUCAGCAGCAGCAGGGCGACCGCCGGGGCUCCGAGAACCUCCCGGACCUGAGUGCCCUGGGUCUGAUGGGACUGCCCGGCCUGAAUGUAAUGCCCUCGCGGGGAUCGGCCGGUGGAGCUGGUGGCGCCGCUCCGAACAGUGCCGCCUCAUAUGCCCGGGAGUUGUCCCGCGAGAGAGAGCGCGAUAGGGAGCGCGAAAGAGAGAGGGAGCGUGAACUGUCUCGGCAAUAUGGCAGCCAGUCGAGGGGCUCUAGUUCGGGGUCCGGCAGUGCCAAGUCCCUGUCCGCCAGUCAGCGGCCCGGAGCCGCCUCCCCCUACUCCGCCGCCCACUAUGCGAAGCACCAGGCCAGCGCCUACAACAAGCGCUUCCUGGAGAGCCUGCCCGCCGGCAUCGACUUCGAGGCCAUUGCCAACGGCCUGCUCCAGAAGUCGGUGAACAAGAGCCCGCGCUUCGAGGACUUCUUCCCAGGACCAGGCCAGGACAUGAGCGAACUCUUCACCAACCCAGAUGCGGCGGCAGCUGCUGCAGCGGCGGCCGCCUAUGCCCCGGGUGCCGUGGGUGGGGCAGGCGGCGCACCCGGUAUCCGGGAGUCGCCCCUGAUGAAGAUCAAGCUGGAGCAGCAGCAUGCCACCGAGCUGCCGCACGAGGAUUGAAUCAGGGGAGGAGGGGCAGUGCCCCAAUCCUUGGGGUUUGGUCGUUUUUAGGGAAUUCCAAGAUAAUGGGAGAACUGUAAGUGACUUUGGCUUUGAAAGUAAGAAGCUAUUAAAAUUAUUAUUUCUAAAAACAAUAUUAUUUUCAUUAAAAUAAAAAACUAUUAUGCUAAUUUUUCUUUAAAGUAAGAAUUAUUACUUUCAAAAGUUAAAUUACUGAAGGUUCUCCAGGCUAACCCCAGGAUUAGCCCUCUUUUUAGCCCAAAAAGUAAAGAAAAUAACAUAAAACCACCCCAAAACGCCCAA